CUCAAGGUUAUGUAAUAAAGCGCCUAAUUGUUCCGAUUGUCGCAUGAUGAGGGAGUUCUCGCCUACGAAAAAGCUGAAGAAACGACUCAAGAAAAUUCGACAAAAAAGCACUGAAGAACAAACCGAUCGUGGGGAUGCCGCGUUGGAUAAUUUAGAAGAGUCACAGCCUGGCACGAGUAUCUCAUUGUCUGGAAAAUUUGAAGAUUUGCCUAUAUCAGAGCCAAUUAAGCGUGCUGUCAAGGAAAUGGGCUUCACACAUAUGACCGAUAUCCAAGAUAAAUGUAUUCCACAGCUGCUUGAGCACAGGGAUCUGAUGGCCUGUGCUAAAACUGGGAGUGGUAAAACACUAGCUUUCUUAAUACCUGUUGUGGAACUGAUGCUAAACUUGGGUCUGCAACCUCGUAAUGGUACUGGUGCCAUAAUCAUUUCACCUACUCGUGAACUUAGUCUUCAGACGUAUGGUGUGUUGGGAGAACUCAUUCAAUUCACGAAUUUACGAAUUGGCCUCAUUAUGGGUGGUAGCAACCGACAAACUGAAGCUCAGAAUCUUGAAAAAGGUGUGACAAUUCUCGUUGCAACUCCGGGAAGACUGCUAGAUCAUUUGUCAAACACAAAGUUCUUCCUCCGUCAUAAUCUUAAAGCUCUUGUAAUCGAUGAAGCUGAUCGUUUGUUGGAUAUAGGUUUCGAAGUGGAAAUGCGACAAAUUAUAAAACUUCUCCCGACGGUACGUCAAACAAUGCUGUUUUCUGCUACUUUGAACGAAAAGACGAGAAACCUAGCCAACGCUGCGCUUAAAGCUUCUUGUGUUAUGGUCGGAUCAGCUCCUGAUAAUGAAGCAACAGUUGAGGGAUUGGAACAAGGGUACGUUGUCUGCCCUCCUGAUAGGCGUUUUUGUCUACUGUACACAUUUCUCAAGAAAAAUAAAAGUAAAAAGAUUAUGGUUUUCAUGGCUUCCUGCAUGGAAGUCAAGUUUUACUACGAGUUGCUGAACUUUGUGGAUACUCCAGUCCUAGCCAUCCAUGGACGACAAAAACAAGCUAAAAGGACAAGCACCUUUCUUCAGUUUGUAAAAGCUGAGUCUGCUGUUCUUUUGUGUACUGACGUCGGAGCGCGCGGUUUAGACAUACCAAAGGUUGACUGGAUUUUACAAUAUGACCCACCUGAUGACGCCAAAGAGUAUAUACAUCGAGUUGGUCGUACAGCUCGAGCAGGCAGCACGGGAAAUGCUUUGUUAGUGUUGAGGCCUCAUGAAUUAGAGUUCCUAUCAAUCCUAAGAAAAGCUCGAGUUAAGGUUGUAGAGUAUGAAAUAGCCAAUUCAAAGAUGGCGGAUGUGCAACCAGCUCUGGAGAAGUUGGUCAAAAACAACUAUUUCCUUGCUCUUUCUGCUCAGGAAGCCUUCAAAGGUAUAGUUCGUGCUUAUGCUUCGUCUGGCCUAAGCUGUUUCAAUGUAGAUGAACUAGACUUGGCCGCAACAGCAAGAACAUGUGGACUAUCAAUUACUCCCAAGGUGGAUUUGAAUGUAAAAUCAAAGAGAACACGAGAAAAUCCAGGCCAAAAGCGUUAUAAACCAUUUGGUGUAUCUGAUAAGAAAGCCAAGAAAGCUAAAAUUUAUAAACGAAUAUCUUGAUCAUAUGUAAUUUUUCACGCACUAUGUAUAUAUCACAAAAUUUCCGUUUUGAAUAAGAUACAACUUAAGUUGAUGGAAACAAUGAGAAAAAUAUAAAUUAAAGUAAUAUAUAUUUUUCGCUAUAUACAUGAUUUCAUAGGUAUCCAGAGUACUUGUCGUACAGUUGAUCUACUUCUUGUUGUACAGAACCGAUAUCUGUGUGUGGUAUAGGAUAUCUAUGUUGGUCAAAUAAGCCUCGAGCUUUGUUUAAUUUAUACAGUGCUGUUUUGUAAUCUAAGUAAGACAAAG